AUGGGCUCUCGGCAUAACCAGCAACCUUGUUUUGACCAGUCGACAGCCCAGAGUUAUCUCGGGUCCUCUUUGUCUGUGGGCUGCGCUCUUAUCACCUUCACACCAGAUGAUGUGUCUUCUGCCCUAUCAUCACAUUUCAAUUACAAUAAAAGCCUGACCUUUUGCUGGCUUGUUCUGUUGUUCUCAUGGUUUUCAUUCCUUUUCUCCACCUGCUCUCGCCAGAUAUUCUUGCACCUGAAAAACUACACCUCCCCCAAGGCCGCGGUACAUCAUCCCGCAUUCCUCUUCAUCUUCCCCAUCUAUGCCUUUGACCUUGGCUCAGCCUUUGUGCUGAUUGGAAGCCACCAGUACUACGUUUAUUUCGAUUCCGUCCGCGACUGCUAUGAAGCCUUUGUGAUCUACAGUUUCUUGAGCCUUUGCUUCGAGUAUCUUGGAGGCGAGAGCACCAUCAUGGCAGAGAUCCGAGGGAAGCCGAUUGUGUCUAGUUGCGUCUACGGCACAUGCUGUUUGCAAGGGAUGUCCUAUUCUAUCGGGUUCCUCAGAUUUUGCAAGCAGGCAACACUGCAGUUCUGCAUUGUGAAACCUCUCAUGGCCCUCAUCACCAUCAUCCUUCAAGCUUUUGGGAAAUAUAAUGACGGAGAUUUCAAUGUCCACAGCGGCUACCUCUACAUCACCAUCGUCUACAACUUCUCUGUCAGCCUGGCCCUCUAUGCCCUCUUCCUUUUCUACUUUGCCACCAUGGACUUCUUGCGUCCCUUUGAGCCCGUCCUCAAGUUCCUCACUAUCAAAGCUGUGAUCUUCCUCUCCUUCUGGCAAGGGAUGCUGUUGGCGAUCCUGGAAAAAUGUGGGGUGAUCCCAGAGGUUCAGAUCAUCGACGACAAGGCUGUGGGAGCCGGCACAGUCGCCGCUGGAUACCAGAACUUUAUCAUAUGCAUCGAGAUGCUCUUUGCUUCCAUAGCUCUCCGGUACGCUUUCACCUGCCAGGUGUACAGGGAGAAAAAGGAAAGCGCAACAGCCGCUCUUGCCCCAAUGCAGAGUAUCUCCAGUGGACUGAAGGAGACCAUGAGUCCUCAGGAUAUAGUCCAAGAUGCCAUACAUAAUUUCUCCCCGGCAUACCAGCAAUAUACCCAGCAGUCCAUGCAGGAGGCGGAGGCAAGGGGACGCGGGCAGAACGGGCACGUGGAACCCCAGGCGAAUGUCCCACACAGCAGGAAGAGCAAAAACAUUGAGAAAAGGGUGUUGAUCUUGUCUGACGAUGAGCUAUAAGAUGCACUUGGUGGAGGAGAACUUGGGUCUUCUAGGAAAACCUCCCUACCACCUUCAUCUUGGCAGCUGAGAGCAUUGGACCAGGCUGGAUGGACCCAUUUGAUGGAGAAGCUGUGGAUUGAGACAGUAGGCAGCAGCCUCAAGGAGGACUGGAAACUUGAAUGCUGGUUUCUCAAACACAUACAGGCCUUGCAGUUUUUUGUUCUUCACGCUAGAUCUGAUGCUUCUCAAGUCGCUUUAUCCUGCUUUGGGAAUGAGCAAAUGAGGACAAACAUGGUUGUUUCUUCCACUAAGGUCUCUAGGUGGUCCUAUGAGUUGGCUUAAAACACCUCUCCUCAUGCCUCGCGGAGGCAUUUCUUAAUAGCAGUCACCUCUGAAAUUGAAGAUCUAAACUGGCAUUUGGAAUAAAGAGUUACCUGUAGAAUAAUUACAUUUAACAAGUAACUUUAAAAAAAAUUAGGGCAUAAUGAAAUUGUAUUUCCAAUGUAAAGCAACAAGCAAGAUAAAUUCAUUAAUAGGAAAAAAAUUCUGGUUCCUUUUAAAAUGUUGUCUUGAGGCCGUUUGUAGAAGAAUUUUGGCAGAUUUCAAGUUCUAUGAUAGUCACUUACCAAUUCUAUCCCAGUAGGUUCCUCUGAAUGAUAGCCCUGGAACAAACAGAAUUCUAAAAUUAGCACUAAACUACAAAUCCCAGGAUUCCAUAGGCUCAGGAGCCAGGGCAGUUAGUGGGACCAAACUGCUUAAAGAUGUAGUGGAGAUACACUUGAAGAUCCUCAAUCUCAUCUGCCCAAGAGAGUGGAUGGGGUCAGGAUGAAAACCAAUCUUUGUGAGAGGGUAAUGAAGCUUAGAAGUUGCGAUAUAUUUGCCUCCAUGGGUGCAAAAGGAAAGACUUUGGGCUUUUUAGAAGGUGGGCCUUGCAUUCAAUACCGCAUACGCCUGCUGAAGCUGAUCUGUUACGGAUCAGGAAUCUUGAUGCUUUAGCUGGGAUGGAUGAUGGGAAUUGUACUGCAAUAAUAAACUUUCCCAAUACUAACUCAACUCUCAGGAAUCUUUAGUGCUCCAGAUGUUUUCAACUUGGGUACCUAGCGUCCCUUCGUUCACUGGCUAGAAAAGCUCAAAGUAUUUGGAGAGGCUAAGUCAGCACCUUUAUUAGGAUCACUAAACUAUUACAAAGUGAAUUUUCCAGAACUCUUCAUCAGAUAAGGUGAAGCUUAAAAUGAAGAGAGAGGGAAGGAGCCCAAGUCCAGAAAUCUGGCCUGUUAUAUUGGUCACUGUGCAUCUCUUCUCUAAGUCUAGAGAUCCAUUGUAAUGAAUGGAUUAAAUAGCAAGCAGCCAGCUGCGCUAAAAGAGGCAAGGCUUUUUACACAUGUAAAUCGCACCAGAGAGUUUCAGUUUUUGCUGGAAAUUUACUGAAGCAUCUCUUUCUCAAGGAAGGUUUGUUUGCUUCUUUGCCCUGGACAGUGCAACUCCUCCGAAGCAUGAUAAAUGUUCAUAAUGCUCUCUUCUGUCAAGAGGAAGUGACUGCUGGGAGUCUAAGUGUAAACUUGUACAUUUUGAAUUAUUUAUAAAUGCUUUUUCUAAUAAAAUAAAAAUCCCAUUGCUGUC